AUGGCUUCCGCAUUGAAGCGCAAAAGAGGUCCAGUGGAGGUAUUGGAUACUCCAAAAAGAACAAAAUCUAUCAAAGACUCCCAAGAUUUCCUCCAGAAGUCCGAACUUUUGCAUGAAGUCAGCUGGGAGGCCAGCCUCAACCCACCGACAAAGACGAAAGAAUUGGUGCGAACGAAUGGGACUAACGGAGACGGCAUAAACUUGCAGAAGAAUUCAAACCAUGCAGAAGCUGUUGAAUUCGAAGGAUUUGUUGAUGAACAGAAAACGCAAAGAGAAGAAGAGUCCAGAAGAAAGAAAGAGCGGCAUUCGAAGGGUAGCAACUCUUCUCAUGCCUGGAAGGGACCUUCUUACGUCUGGAAGUUAUCCGAGUCGAUAGGGGGGCGAAUACUCGAUGUUGACCCGGUUUUCACGGAGGAUGAAAAAUUUCUUAUUCUUGCCAAUCGCGCAGCUAUCCAGGUGUAUUCAACCUCAAACUCUCUCUUGACUCGGACAAUAAAGCUCAAAAUCGACCCUUCAACGCGACCCAAUGCACGAAUUAUCACGUACUGCCUGUCACCGACCAAUUCGAACAUCGUGUGGGUAGCAUGCUCUGACGGGGCAAUAUACAGCAUAGACUGGACGUCUGGAGCGGGCUCCGACCAGUAUUGGGGAAUAUCCUCUACGGGAUGUAUUCAUAUGACUGUGGCAUCUAUGGAAUCUGCCGGGCGAAGACGGGACGUUGUCUUUACAACUGAGCCCAAGAAAGAUGGUGGAUGGCGGAUCACGGCAAAUGAAUUAGCACCACCCAAGGGCCCAAUCGAGACGGUUGCGAGAACGAUAUAUACUUCGAAUCAGCGAGUCAAUUUCCUGAAGACUGGACUUGAGGGUUCUACUAUUGUGGCAGCUUCUGAGAAUCGGGUCCUACUGGGAAGUCUUCGAUCAACGGAGUAUGGUACCAUCGAUAAGAUCAAAUACGAAUUUCGAGUGUUUGAAUCCACCGAUGUUAUCUCUUCUCUGGACAUCAAGGUUACCGAAAGACCAAAAGUUGCAGGUCAAAUGGAUAAGAAACGAUAUCCCAUUGUGGAUGUUGUAAUUGGAGAUGUAAAGGGUGCCAUCUUUAUACACAAUGAUCUCUUGCAGAACCUCGCCCGGUCACAGCGGAAGGUAGCCGAGGACUCUGGAAUCUCCUUAAUCCCUCGCAGACUUCAUUGGCAUCGGCAAGCUGUUCAUACUGUGAAAUGGUCUUUAGAUGGCAAUUAUAUAAUAUCUGGUGGUACUGAGACAGUCCUUGUACUUUGGCAGCUGGAUACUGGAAAGCAACAGUUCCUUCCCCAUAUGUCUGCAACAAUUCAGAAUGUUGUUGUUUCUCCUUCCGGCUCCUCGUACGGGGUCCAGCUCGCGGAUAACUCAACAAUGGUUUUAUCAGUCGCGGAAUUGACGCCCACGGCUAACAUUGCGGGAAUCCAAGCAUGCGUCUUGAACUAUGAGGAGCCCAUAGAUUCGAGUGUACGGAGGGUUGGAGAAGAUGCCUACGAGCAGCCUCUUUUCCAGCACACUCCUGCGGUAAUCAACCCAGCCGACCCCUCUCGACUACUGCUUGGAGUAGGGCAAACGCAAGCUGUCAGUUAUAGGAAACCUCUCGUCACGAGUGUUCCAUUCCUGCAGACGUUUGACCUUGGAGCCGGUCAUAACGUGUCUCGUCAAGCUCUGACUCGAACAAAUAUUACAAACAUCAACAUGGCACCUAAUGCUCAUCGAAUCUCUGAACCAAGAGUCACCCAUAUGCAAAUAUCGUUCGAUGGGAACUGGCUCGUUACAGUCGAUGAAUGGAUACCUCCAAAGCGAGACUUGGACUUCAUUGGACCGGAAGGAAAGGAUCUCGAAUUUGAACGUCAGCAAAGGCUGGAAGUUUUUCUCAAGUUUUGGCAAUGGAAUAAAGAAAACGAGGACUGGGAACUUGUAUCACGGAUCGAUACUCCUCACGCAUCGACUGAUGGGGUUGGCGCUGGGAGAAUUCUGGAUCUUGCUUCAGACCCAAGCUCGUUACGCUUCUCUACCAUUGGGGAGGAUGGUAUAGUUCGGACCUGGUCUACGAAGACCAGAAAACGGGAUGGUGUGCCCGCUCGAGGGAAAGAUGGAAAGAUUUUAAGGAACUGGACUUGCCAACACGCUAUUUCAAUUGGCAAAUCCGAGCUGUUGGACGAGAGGGACGAUGCCCCACAGACUCCAUCGAAUGCUUGCGUUGCGUUUUCGGAAGACGGAUCGAUCUUGGCUGCAGCAUCUGGGAUUUCACCAAAUGGUCUGCUCCACCUCUUGGAUCCAGAGUUGGGGACAAUACGAAGCUCGCUCAACAGCAUGUUUGAGGGACAUAUCGUGAACAUGAAGUUCUUAGGUCAGGAUUUAAUCACCCUUUCCGACAGAAUACUAGUGUACGAUCUAGUCCUGGACUCAAUGCGAUACAGCAUCAAGCUAGGAUCUACGGUUACCUCGCUAUCAAUCAGCCAGAAAUUGGAGAUGAUGCACUUAGCCGUUGAUGGGAAGAGUCGCACAUUUGCUGUCUCAUUACCUGCCAAUUUCGAUGUUUCAUCUACUUCCGAUUCUCAACAACAAUCCCUCUUGAACCGGUACUCGGAGUUGGCCGUCUUCCAUCAGGAUAAGCGCGAGCCAUUGCUUCAGAAUACUUUCUCGACUUUAAUCACUGCUCUAUUACCCGCUGUUGGAUCGGAGGGAUACUUAGUUCUCGACUCUGCAGCAGAGAUAAGAACGGUACUUAAGCAAGGCACUCAGGCAGUUACAAGUCUUGCACAGUCAACGUCAGCCCUGCAGCUGGAUGCGCCCGAAGAAACAACAACCGAACUAUCACGUUUACCGGAAGACGAGGAAGAGGCCGAGGAAGUGGAUGAAAUUCAGCCUACAGCGACGACGCCUGACGAGGAGGAGGAUGAUGAGACACCCGUGGUGACACAACAACAGCUCUCCGAGGUAUUUAACGUUGGGCCUUCAUUUGCUUUGCCGCCUAUGGAAGAGAUGUUCUACCGUGUGGCCGGGUUAUUUUCGAGCCAGCCGUUGACCCAGAGUGUUUAACGCAUGGUGUUUCUGGUGUAAGGUUUGCAUAGCGGAGUUUCUUGCGUUUCAGUGAUAGGAGCGUUGUGU